AUGGUUCCAGAACUAGGUCUGGAUACAGCUGCUGUCCUCUUAAAGGAAAAACAUCUGAACAGCUGGCUCCAGAUGGAACUUGCAGGAGAAGUAAUAACCAGGAAACCUUUGUCCCCUGCUGCUCUUGUGACUUUUAUGGCUUAUCUGGACCUGAAUAACCUUGGCAACCAUACAUCAGACCCUUAUCACCUCUCACUGGACGAUGACACCAUCACAAAAUGGCAGUGUGGAGCUAGGAAGCUCUCCAUUGCUUGGCUUCAGGAUACCUUAGAAGGGAUCAUCUCCACCAAGUGGAAGAUGCCUAUUGGGGUCUCAUCCUUAGCAGAAUUUGGGAGAACAGAUCGCAAGAAGAAAUAUAAGAGGCACAUCCGACAGGUUUUUCAAAAUCUUCCUCAACUGGGUCCGCACCCCAAUCCAAGGGUAACCCUCCAAGAGACCUAUGUAGACCUUCUUCUGAAGAGGAGACCAGAUCUGCCCAAAAGAGGUCAUGAGAUUAUGGCUGUGGAAAGAAAGUACUGGGAGAUGAAGACCCAUCCAGAAGGUGGCCUGAACAUUGAUCUGGAGAAUUUAUUUCAUCCCGAUCCGGAAGGAGAAAACUCCAAAACUCUUUUGUUGCUUGGACCUUCUGGGGUAGGAAAAACCACAGCCACGUGGAAGUUCAUGUUGGACUGGGCAUCAGAUAAACUAUGGCGGACCAAGUUUGAUUACGCCUUUUAUAUCUCUUGCGAUGCGCUCCGCUGUGGCGCCAAGUUUAUGAGUGCAACGGAGAUGAUCCUCAACAAUUGUCCUUCAGGAAUGGUUUCCAUGGAGGAUGUUUUGGCCAACCAAGACAACCUCCUCCUCAUUGUUGAUGGUUUGGAGGACCUGAAGCUCUCUGAUGUCCCAGUUGAUAUGCUGGACAAGGAUCCCCAUCGAAAGCAAGAGAUGGCGAAGCUGUUGAUGGGUCUGCUCAAGAAAAAGAUCUUUCCAAAGUGUCAUCUCCUGGUGACCACAAGGCCCAUGGGUGCAAGCCCAGUGUUGAAGUAUCUGAGAUCACCACUCUUGGUAGAGGUGUUGGGUUUUCAUCCUGUGAAGAGGAAGGAAUAUUUUCGUCGCUUCUUUCAAAAUAUGGAACAAGCCAACCAGAUCUUUGAACUGGUUCAAAGAAAUGAAACUCUUUUCAGUCUCUGCUUUCUCCCUGCAACCUGUUGCGUCAUUGGCUCCAUUUUUCAACAAAACCCACAGAUAGAACUUCUUCAAGAUAUCCCAGAAACUGCAACACUCACCGAAAUUCACCUGCGUCUCCUCUUGAGUUUCUUGGGUACCUUUUCCAAGCAAGGUCACCUGGAAGACCUGUGCUCUUUAGCGAAAGAUGGGAUGAUCCAUGGAACAAUGGUCUUCCAUGAAGAAGAGCUAAAGGAACGUGGCUUGGAUUACUUGACUUCAGACUCUCCUUCUGCAAAUAAGAAAGUUUUCCUCCAAGAUGUUCAGGUGGGAACCUUGUACAGGUUCACCCACUUGAGUUUUCAGGAGUUCUUUGCUGCCUUGUUCUACUUGCUGGACACUGAGGAGACCACCAGAACACCUUACCAAGACUUGAGUGAGAUAUUUGGUGAUAAGAAAGGGAGCAGCAACAGAUACCUCAUGUUGAUCCAUUUUCUCCACGGCUUGUCCAACGUGGAAAGGAUGAGUGUCCUUCAAGAAUCGUGGUCCUUCAAGACAUCCACGACUAAGGUUUGGCCAGAAUUGCUAAGGUGGGUGGAUCAGGAAGCCAAGGCUCACUCCUUUAGAAGACAGGAGGAUCUGCUGGAAUUGUGUCAUUGUGUUUAUGAAAUGAAGGACACCGUCUUUGCCCAGACAACAAUGAAGCAUAUCCACAAUAUGGAUCUCAGAACACAACUUUUGACCAAGCUGGACUUUGAAGCUUUAUCAUUUUGCCUGUCAGCUGCUGAAUCUUUGAAUUCAGUUCAGCUCUCUGGCUAUGAGUUUGGACCUCAAAGAUUCCAACAACUUUUACCAGGAUUCUUGAAAUCUUCAGAGAUCCAUUUACACUCCUGUGGCAUGACAGCCCUUGCCUGUGAAGACCUGGCCUCUGUUUUGGAGACCAGCCAGACCCUCUUGGAGCUGAAUCUGGGCGAUAACAGCCUGGGAGAUGAAGGAGUCAGGCAGCUGUGCCAGGGGUUGAGACAAAGGUGCUGCAAGGUUCAAAAGUUGAUACUUACAAUGAAAUCGUUAAACCAAACUACGAAGUGGAAAUUGCAGGCAGCUUGUGCGAGGCAUCCUGGAUUAGUUCUGACUCCCUACUAUCCUCCGGAUUUUCCCCGCUUCCCAGGCAUUGCAGACCCUAAACACAACACUGCCAAAAAUGAAGAUUUAUUGUUGAAAAGGAACCUCCAAAGUCUGGCUGAGCUUCGGGUCAAAGGCCAGCCUUCUGAUGACAAGACGUUCUUGCCUACUGCUCUGUGUUGCAUGAUGCCCCCUCCUGUAACAUCUGGCUACAACAUCCUCGUAGCAAGAAUUGGGAACAUGAACAUGGUGUGGGAAAAAAUAUGA